GGGAGCCACGUGCAGUUUGGUCGAAGCGGGAGGCGGUUUAACUGUCAAAAGUGGCGGUCCUCGCGGAGAAGCGGGAGCGGAAAGCCAGUGAGGGAAACCAAGGCAGGCUGGGGGCUGCCCCCUCUCUCAGGGAGGAAAAUAAUAAACAACACUUUCAAAUCUAGGCAGACUUUUUAAAAAAAUCAUUAAUUAUUGGGAGACUGAUGGUUCGAAUCUUCCAUUAAAAAGAGGACAAUUUUUGCAGAGGCGCUACUUUUAUGUGCUUUCUUCAGCAAAGUCACCUUCAGCUCCUACCUGAAACUCCUCAGAAGCCCUCAGAUUGCCCUCCAUUUUAAUGAAGCUUGCUAUAAGUGGCAUUGUUUUCUGAUGCAGCAGUAAUCCUUGGAAGAGAUAAACAGCUGGGGUCACAAGAGAUCAAGUGAACAGACUCAAAAUGGUAAACAAUUGAAUCCCACCCACAAGACAGGACAGUCUGGAAGUAACCUAGGGGAUUUUUGGAAGUGAGAAGAUGAUCGUCCUGUUUGCAGGUGGUAUCUGUGGUGUAGCUCCAAAAGCAGGAUCUCUUCUAGCUGGUGUCUACAUGAUUCUGACAACCAAUAUGUACCUGAUCUUUGAGGCUGGUCACCUAAAUCGCUCCCUAACUCUGAUACAACUGCAUCAGGAAGAAAAUUAUUCAAUUGGAACGAUGUGGGUCAUCCCAUAUUACUAUUACACUGCAAUCGGCUUGGCUGUUAUAAAUUAUCCUAUAUGUUUCUACUUCCUCUUAUCCAUCCAGAGGCGAGACACUGUAGGAUUGUUUAUCUACGUUGUUUGGAUCAUCUUCUAUGAUCUAGCCAACAUUGUCCUCGUAGUUCUAACAGCAAGGGCAGCUCUUUAUUCAAUAAGUGACUUGGAAUGGUUUGGAUUGGCCACCAGAAUCCCCACAGACUGCUUUUGGCUUCUCUUUAUCAUAACAUAUCUUCUGAUGAUUAUUGAAGGCAGAAGCACAGGGAGGAUGUCACUGAAGACAAGGCGGAUAUCAAGACGUGUGUCAGAGCCUCCCAAGUUUAGGCUGGGUAUCAAUGCUAGGAGAGUUCAAUAGGAAUUGUCAGGUAAUUUGUGCAAACUAGCAGGCUUGCAAUGCUUGGGACAUAGCAAGAUGAGUACAGUUCAUCAACCUUGUAUUGCUGGCCACUGGGAGCUUUAAAAGCCUCUGGUUAUUGCCUGCCUGGAACUGCAAGAACAGAGGGAUUGUCAAACACUCAACAGGGCCGCAAAACAUGGGUUUGUCUUGCCAGAGUUGCAAAUCUGGUGUAUAAAUUCAUGCAUUCUAAGUGGUGCUGCAUGUGGUUUGACUUUUGUUUUGUUUUGUUUUUUUAAAUUCUUAUUACCUUAUUGGAUUGACCUGAUGUCCUUAAUAAACAUAUAUUUCCUCUCCA